AUGUCUGAGAUGCCCAAAGGCCACCGCUCUGUUAGAAGUCAAGGCUCCUACCGCAUAAACCCCAUCUCCAUUACCCCAACAACAACAACAAGAACAGCAACACAAUACGCCCCCCUUUCCGCCCGAACCACACUCCCGGGCGAGUACUACAGCUCCGCACCCAACAACACCAUGUCACAACAAGGAGGCUACCCGCAAGGCCCAUCUAGCUACGUCUCCAACGGUGGUCCCGUCCAACACCCCCUUGCACCACAGUACCAAUCCAUGCCUCCCGCUGCGCCCCAGGCCCCGGUACCCAUCCGCGCAUCCAGCGGUGCCUGGACGCCCGCAGACGACCAGACCCUCAUGGCAGCCAGGGCACAAGGCCUCAACUGGGCCCCGAUCCAAACCACGUAUUUCCCGUCCAAGACGCCAAAUGCAUGUCGCAAGCGGCACGAGCGGCUGAUGGAAAGACGUAGCGCGGACGACUGGGACGGAUUGAAGCUCGAGAAUCUAGCGAAGCAUUACAUGGUGAUGCGGCGGGAGAUAUGGGCCUCGCUUGCGGCGCAAACGGGAGAGAAGUGGAACGUGGUUGAGCAGAAGUGCAUGGCCCAAGGCCUCAAAAAUCUCCAAACAGCCGCCCGCUCCUGUGCCCGCCGCGAACGUCUGGUCCUCUCCCCCAACCAGCCACACUCUCAACAUGACUUCUCUUCGUCCUCGUCCUCCCAUCUUUCCCAACACCAUCCCCAUUCCCACAGCCAGAACAACGCCUACCCUCUAACCACCACCACGACCAAACCCUUCGACCACCAAGCCGAUGAUUCCGGCUACGCCGACGCCGACGCCGAUCCUGACGAUCUCGACCUCGACUUGGAGCCGGGGUACGCUUCAGACCGCUCCUCGACUGGAUAUCAGGGCGGCCACUACCACUCGCACUCGCACCCGCAUCCGCAUUCGCACUCGCUUUCCAACGGGAGUAACAGCAACAGUAACAUCAGCGGCAAUGGGAGUAUGGGCGGGUACGUCAAUAUCAACAUUAACGGAGGGGGAGGGACAGGGGCAGGAGGGGAUCCGAGGUUUCUCAGUCAGCAGCAGCAGCAACAGCACCACGGGCAGGGGAGGUUGCCGAGUAUGGAUAUGGGGAUUGGAGCCAUCAUUAAUCGCACGGGGGUAAAUCGUACGGGGGGGAGCUAA